AUGGACCAGCGCAGAAAGCUGUUGUUCGCCUACAAGGUGAGAAGCACGCGCGUCAAGACAGGUCAGCACAGCGACAGCCACACGGGCAGAAGUUCCAAGGUCCCGCUGCUUCCCGACCUCGAAGCUCAGCGUGGUGUGCUGAACAGCACCUCAGAUGUCCACAGGUCCGUGCCAGGAAUGGCGAUGACAUCCUCUGUGCUGAAGCUGCCAAUCCUGCCAGACAGCAAGCUGUCUGACACAGAGGCUCUUGUUCUGGCCGCAGCGACUGCAAGCCAGUCGAUGUCAGCGCUUCCAUUCUCUUCGAAAUCUCUAGCGAGGUUUGGGAUGAGCAGAUCCGCGUCGGAAGCAAUGUUGCCGAAGCGACGGACGGCUCGGAAUCAGAUUCUGGAGAAGCUUGCUCUCUCUAGCCUGGAGAAUACCCAGGACCUGGGUACAAGCAGCGGGAGCGCUUCGCGUUUUGGCAGGGCGCUUCAGGAACCGCGCAGGAGAGAUUCCUUCAAGGAAAAGUCUGCCCUUCUGCAGAUUACCCGAGCAGCGCAGGAGAUUUGCCUGCAGCUUUCGGAGCAGAGGCAGGAUGAGUGCGUCGAUGGCAAAGGCUCCGGCCAGAAGACCGGGCAGGGGCUUGGGCGCAACAAGAAGCAGCCCCGGUCGAAACAAAAGGGCAAGAAGAAGGAGGUUGCCGAAGAGGCACAGAUUCAACUGGAAGCGUGGUGCCGGAGCACCCUGGCAAGCGUGCCGGAGGCAGAUGAGGCGACAAAGAGUGCCGCAGAAUUACGCAAGAAGCAGCUGGAAGAAAUGAACCAGGCUGACACCGAAGCAGCUGGCGAGCCUGCUAAUUCUGGGAUGGACAAGAGAUCGAUCAGGCCGGCAGCUGAAGAUGCCACAGGAUCAACGGCGCCUUCCCCGAAAUCAAGACGACCCGUGUCGAAGCAAGGGAAGAAGCUCACGCAACAGUUUUCCACGAAGUGGAAAACGCUCGGACGCGAUGAUGCCUCUUACGGUCUGCCAAACCUCCAAGAUCGUCUGGAGCAGAUUCAAAACACGUACUUCGGCAAGGCAGACAUGAUGGACGAGGCAACAGUGCAGCGUAUGAGGAUGGUCUUCAAUCGCUUUCGCAACUCCACCGGCAAUGAGAUUUUGCAGGAUGACCUGCCGCACGCCAUGGAGUUCUUGGGCUACGUCGUCACUUCCGAAGAGGAGCUUAACCAAGUUGCCGGACAGGUUACGUCCUUUAAGGAGAUGGACUUCAAUGAGUUCCUGGAGUUCGUAGAGAAGUACAGCCGAGCCCAGUUUGAUCUGUAUCAAGUCGUUUUCGACAGGUUUGAUUGUGAUGGCAGCGGAGAAAUCGAGAUUUCAGAGCUGAGAAAGUUGCUUCUCAGCAUCGGCAUCGUGGUUGUGCGCCAGAUGAUUGAGGAGGCAUUGGAAGUGGUCGAUGAUGAUGGGAAUGGUCAGCUGAACUUCGAAGAAUUCAUUUAUUUUCUGACUGUCUACCAGCACACCGAAGGCUUCACAAAGGAGGAGGUGAAGCGCAUGUGGGACAUUUAUUCCGGCUUCGUCGCAGAGUCCGUCAAGCUGAAGCGGGGGCAGCAAUUACAGAUUGACGACCUCAAGGAUGCACUGGUCGCGGUCUUCGGCCUCCACUCCGAGAGCCACGCCGUGCGCAUUGCACACAAGCUUUGCAACAAUGCCAACGGUCAGAAGAGGCAGUUUGGGGCAAACGAAGGUCUUUCGUUCCAUGAGUUUCUGAUCUUCGCCAGAGGUUUGCGAAUUGCUGAGCAGGCUGAAUACAAGAGGCAUUUCAAACGAUUUGACCAGGACAGCAGCGGCAACAUCAGUGCUACAGAGCUUCGAGAUGUCUUGCAGGCUUUGGGCUAUCGGCCUAUGCGGCAAGUGAUCGGCGAGGUGCUGGAAGAGGUCGACUUUGAGCACGAUGCGGAACUCGACUUCGAGGAGUUCUUCCACUUCAUGCUGCUCUUCAAGCAGCGCGACGGCUUCAGCCAGAAGGAGCUUACGGAAUAUGCGGAUGUGUUUCGAAAGUUCGAUCGUGAUGAGUCUGACAAUAUCAACGUGCAUGAGCUGGGAGACAUGCUGCGGUUUCUGGGCUUCAGCGUAGGAACCGACCAUCUCUACAUUUUGCUUGCUCAGGUUGAUGUCAACCGAAACGGAACCCUCGACUGCAAUGAGUUCCUCCGGCUGAUGCGCCUACACCGCGAAACCGAGCUCAAGAGGCUCCACGACAUCUUUGUUCACCGGGGGGUCGCCCAGGAGACGUUGGAGGCCUCGUCGGUACCGACUGCAGUGCAGGACUACGUCGGCAGAGAUGUGCCCUUGAACACACUUCUUCCGGAGCUCCCGCCAGGUUCUGUGAGUGCUAUAUUGCAUUUUGCAGGUUGA